CCCCGCCCCGCCCCCGGAUGUGUCGGCGCGGCCGUUCCGGGCCGUUGUCACUGACGCUCCGCGGUCGCCGGGGCCGUUCGGCGCGGAGCCCGGGGGGGAGCCCGGCCGGGACCACUGAUGAACUAUUAACUACAUGUUCCUCAAAAUGGAAAACCUGAAGAUUUCAGUUAUGGAGAGACUAUAUUGACUGAAGAUUUUGAAAAUGGAAUGGGGAGGAGAAUAUUCUCUAGAUUCUUCCAAUUUAGACUGUUUGUUAAAUAUCCUUCCUGGAGAAUUGGAGUUUCAACAAGUCCUUAGUGAUCUUGAUGAAAAAAUAAAGAAGAACUCUUCUAGCAUAGAACAGUGUAUUAAAGACCUGCAAUCAGAAGUAAAUGAAAUAUGUACGGAUGAGAUGCUACAAAGCACGACUGACUGCCUUCAGUGGCUCAACAGCUGCAGUUUCAGUUCCCUCAGACCUUCUUCUACACAUCAUGGAGAGCUGACGGAAUUCCUCAGGACCCUGCAAAGCUUGCUGAAGAAUGAGCAAAACCAAGAAGAAACGGUACUUCACUUCCUCCUGGAUCUCUCCAGUCAGUGUGGUGUCUCAUUUCCCUGUACUCCAAGUGGGACAUCACCUGAGUUAACAUCUUCCCUUCAUGCCAUUGAGGAUGGUUCAACCAUGGAUGUGAAAUCUCUCUGGGAUGAUGUGAGAUUGCAUCUUCGGCGAUUUUUAAUAAAUAAAUUGCAAAGUCAAGAAGGAACAAGUGCUAAUGCUUUACAACAACAAAUGGAGUUUAAAACUCAGUGCAUACAGCAACUUUUGUUUCUUUAUCCUGAAUCAGAAGUCUUAACGAAGUAUCAAAAUGUGCAGAAUAAAGUGGUUAGCGAUCUUCUGCAGAACUGUAUUUUGUCUAGUUGUGGUGAAACGAGUUUUGAUAAGGUGGUUCAUGGUUACCAGAGUUCCAUCCCCACAUUGUGCACAAUGAUAAAAGAGGAUUUUUAUAUACUAAGUGGAACUAUCGAUCCUUCUCCAUCACUGAAGUUUAUUAACGAGACUUAUCUGGAUACCAUCACUGAAGAAAUGACAAUUCUUCUUGAAAGACUUUGUGAGCUGCAGUUCAAAGAAAACGCUCUACAUGUAGUUAAGGCAAACAAGAUUUCAAAGAAGCAUAGAGGAACAGUUCAUGCUGUGGCUUCCCAAGAACACCACAAAAAAGGACGGAACUUCUGCUUAACGCUGCAUCAGCUCAAAUGUCUUUCACAACUUAUCAAACUCUUUUUACUCAUGGAAGAAAAAAUUGAAGAGCUCUCUGCGGAAAUUCUGUUGUUGCCUUCAUUUUUGGAAAAGAAUAAGAAUGUUCAAGGAGUUCUGAAGAAAGCUAGUGGGGAGCUUUUAAUAGGAGAAACUAGAGCAAAUGAAACCAGUGUGCUUCCUGAACAGUUACUUCAGGUAGAAGAACCUAUUUUACUGAAUUUUGGCUGGAGAAAUGCAUUUAAAGACCUGUCGUCCUCCGUGGCUCACUGUAUAACAAUAGCAAUCAAGGAUUUUUCAACUAAAAUUCUUCAACAUGAGCAGAAAGAAGAGUUUUCAGCUGCAGGCUAUGCAAUGAGUCUUGUAAACAACCAGCAAAUGAGGGAGUCCUGCGGAGCAGUCCAACAGGAGGAGCAACCAAAACGAAUUGCUAAGUUUUGUUCCGACAUCGUGGAGGAGCUGGACACGUUGCUCCCGUUGGCUCUGGCGUGCAGGGACGAUUCUCUGGAGGAAAUCAGAGCGAACUUUGUGGACGCCUGCAGCGAAGUGGCCGCAGCUGUCCUGGCGAGACUGGACGAGAAGAGCAAAGACGUCCCCUCCAAGGCUCCCCUGCAAGACUUGUAUGCUGCCCUUUCCACAGCGAUAUAUGUCUUUCAGCAUCUUACCAUGUAUAGCAAUUUAAUGAGAGAAACGAGCAAAAAACCCCUGUUCCUGGUGCCUGUCCAACAAUAUCAGGAAUUCAUCAACGUCCUCCAGUUUCAAGUUACGAACUACUGCGUCAGAGUUUGUGCUACAAGCAUUUUACAGGAUGCUGAGAGCCACCACUGGGAUGACUACAAAGCUUUUUAUGAGGGAGAAAGAUGCUCAUUCUCCAUCCAGAUGUGGCAUUACUUCUGCGCUGCUCUUCGUCAUGAUCUAUGGACUAUUCUAUCUCCCAAGAAAGCCCAGGAGAUUCUUACAGAUGUUCUAGAGCAAUCUUUGGCUAUGCUGUCCUCCAGAUAUUGUCAGGCCUGCCCCAGUUACAAGAGAACGCCACAAAUCAGAAUUGAUAUUGCAGCAAUAUUGAUGUCCACUGAGGAGAUGCUCUGGUCCGUUUGUAGCUCUGUGCAGGAGUUUCUGAAUCCACACGAAGACAAGGAUCUCAAGAUCUAUACAAUACACAGCCACUGCAAUAGUCUGCUCUCUGUGCUGGCUAUUUUAACUUCACCACUGAAGAAUUUGUAUGAGACAUUUCUGGACAAUUCUGAUGAACAUCUUCCUCAAGAUUUUUCAAAAGUCUUUUACCAUCCGUUACACUGGUUAUUCUGCAUACCAUCAUCCUGUUCUUCCUUACUCAAGACUCCAUCAGCCAGAGAAAUAGCAACCCAGGGCCAGCUGAAGCUGCUCUUGUCCCAGCCGUACUGUAAUUUCAACUUGCUUUUGGAAACGUUGCUACAUCACGAUUGUCUCUUAGUGAAAAUUUUACUGAGAAGUUCAGGAAAUGAAGUAUUGAAUCGUGAUGAACAAAGGUCUAUCUUGGAACAGAUGAAUAACAAACAGCCUAGUCUGAUUGAAAUGAUCUUCACAGUGUUGUCUUAUUGCACUUUAUCACCCAAAUCCCUUGGCAUUGCUUUCGAGACCUACAUGGAAAAAAAGCAGUUGUGGAAUUCCUUAUACAAUAUGACAGUUUCCAGUUGUGGUGAGUCGGAGCCAGAGGUCAUCAGAUGCUUGAAGUUGACUUUGAUUAAUUCAGUCAAGGGUAUUGUGAAGCAGAUAAUUUCUUUGAUGCAUUCAUGGGAGGCAGCAGAAAACUAUGGAACGUACCAGCACAAGCAAAUAGUUCCUGAAAGUUUACUGAAAACGGUUCCAAAGGAAUGGAAUUACACUCCUCGGGAAAUGAAGAGGAAAGAAUCUGGGAAAUGCUUCACGAGGCUUGCAGCUCAGGCGGUAUCUAUUGUAAUCAGCAAGUUACCUACAGUGAUUGCAUGUUUGCCUCCCCCAAUUAAGUACUUCUUUUUUCUGGCUGAGAGAAAAAUGUCAAGAAACUUUGCUGAAUUGAGGAAAGCUGGUCUGCUUGUCUGGAACUUGAUUGUAAUUAUAUGUCGGAUAUUUGAGGAUGGAAAUACUGCAGAACUUUUAACAGGUGCAACACUUGACAGAUGGAGCAAAGAAAAACUCAGUUUAGUUCGUGUGUGCUUAGAAAGUAUUAUGGGAAAACAGAAAAGUGGUCCUAAGCAAGUGACCCAGAAGGUUAUACAAAGCAUUGAACAGCAAAGACCAAACUGGAUUGAAAGCCAGUUGCUGAAGGCAAGAAAAUUGAGCACAGACUGCGCCUCAGUCACAGUGGAAGGCGCAACGCUAGAGGAAGGAGGUAUUGCGCUUGGAUUCACCGAGCAGAAAAUAAACAUGAUGGUCCUGGAUAUCUGCCACAAACCAGGUGGCAGCGAGUACCUGAGGCAAAUUUAUCACAUCAUCCGGCUCAAUGAGGAAUAUUUGAAAGACCAGCUGUCUUGUGAGGAUUCUUCUGAGGACGGUGCUUCCUCCAGCCAGUUCCUGCCAUUGACACUCAGUGGCCAAGAAGAGCAGCCCAUCUUCAACCCUUUCCAGGUGUACAGACAGUCCUGUGAAAAAGUGUUCAAUCAGUCAACCAUUACUGAAUGGAACUGGGAUUGGUCAAACUUGCUGCCAGGUUAUUUGGGACUGAAUCAGAUGACCUUCAGGAUGCUGCUGGCACACAGGUGGGAGAUGCAAGAAGGUGCAGAUAUUGAAGAUGAGGAGAAGGUUAUGGUGGAACACUUAAAAAAUGUUUACUUGACACAGAGCACUCCUACUUCGGCGGAUAAAGAACAAUUACCCUGACAGGUUUCGGGUAGCACCUUUUUCUGGAUUCAACAUGAUUAACUUAAUGGCUUAGUUAUAACUGACAGGACUAGAAAGCUCAGGAAUAUGUAUCUUGAGUAGGAGUUUUAAACUAAAUAAUGUUCCUCUGUUACUGUCUAGUCACCCCAACCAGGCAGCGAUUGUUCACACAUGCGUAAAACGAGCAAAAAUACAUGAAAAUGUCACAGAACAAGGCAGGUGUAUCUCGAUACUGCGGAGGCAUAAACCUGAAUGGCAAACCCAGAACUCCUUUGGAAACGUAAAACUCGCUCUGAAAAUAAUGCAGCUUUGGACACGCGCUAAGCAAACACCCAUGAUGUGGUUCUACCUACCAUUUAGACCACGGUUGUGUCGCUCAAGGACCUUUUCUCUCCCUUAGCGCUUGUGUUCCAGUUGGUCCUGCCAUUAAAUCAGCCAAAAUUUAUGGAAAAAGCACGGGUUUUGGCCACGGGUCUGCAGCGCUGUGAGUUGCGCCAGAAUGAGCACCCGUGGCCAUUAGUCCCAAGCAAAGCUGCACCAGCUUCAUCGCCCUUGCAAAUCCUGACGUGGCAUCUGGUGUGUGUUAUGGCUUAAAAGACACAUUAUAGAGAAGCUUAUUAGCAGCAUCGAAAGUUUGGAGAUCUUUUUAUGCAUCUUUUGAUUUAGAAGAAUUAUCUGCAGGCAGCGCUCGAAGGACCAUCCUAAUAGCGAACUAAGAAAAUGAUAAAGAACGCGAUAUUUAUUUCUGAUAAACAUGGUACAAUUUGAUCUUCAGAGUAAGCCCUGUCUGAUAUUCAGAUUUUCCAAAUAUUAAAUAUUCUUCUUUUCAGUAAAAUUCAUUCCCCAAAGACUAAAAACAGCCGAGUUAGGUGGCUGUUGUGACAGUAAUUUUCAUACACAAGGUGCAGUUAAUAUUUCCGUAGCUCUGCAGAAACUAUCCAUCACUUUUCUGUUUGUUUCUUGCACUGGAGGUCCAAGGGAACGGAUGAUUAAGGGCCCCGGCCGGGUCUUGUUCAGGCUGCAAUCUGAGCUGCAGCUGCUCCUGUUCGCAUCACAUCGUAUAGAUGCCACUAUGGACAUAAUUCGGGCCACUCGAAUAGGAGGAGGACACAUUUUUUUCCCAAAAACUUCACCAGCAGCAUGGGUAACCAUUUCACUAAUGCUGCUGUAGGGCCUAAUAUGAAAUGCACUUUUUCCUCCUCUUAAUUGCUCCUGUUAUUUUUUUUUUUUAUCAUGUAUAUAUAAUAGCAAACCAUUUACAAUGAAAAUGGGGACUGGUCCAUCUUGCACCUCCAAAGCAACAAAAGGGCUCUGAGGCACCGGUACUUCAAAAAUGCUAAAAGUAGUAUUUAAAGAAUAAACCAGACUUUUCCCUCUGCUGCUGAUGUGGCCAUUUCAGAUCAUAAAGAAGCGAUGAAGUGUAAAAACUUUAUCUUUGCUUUCUAUUUCACCUUUGAAGAUUAACUGUGGUCUUAAGACCAAACACAUGGCUGUAGGGAUUGCCUACGACGGCAGGUACGGUGUUGUCACAAUGAGGCACACAUGCUCCAAGCCACGCUAAUAAAGUGUUAGUGAACACAAAAUCUGGAGUUUACAAUAUUCUUUCCUAUUUUAUCAAAAUCUGUUGUGCAUAACCCGCUUUUUGUGUGGUCACAUACAGCAAAUUCCACUUCUGGGAGACACUUAUUCUGAAUAGGAUGAGCUUUGUGAGUGACAUAAGCGAACCCAGAGCAACAACCCUCGCUCUGAAAUGGGGAGUUAUUCCAAACUGGUUGUUAUCCUUUAAAUUCACAACAUACCUGGUUCUGGAAUAAGCUGUAAACAGUCAUAUAAUAUAUACAUAUGUAUAUAUUUUUAAAUAAAUUCUUUAUGCCCCUUCCUCCCUUCUCACCCUGCCAGAUUAAUUCAGCAGUAAUCCACUGGGUAGCACUAGGAAAAUGUUGUCUUUCUUAGCUGGAGUAUAUUUACAAUCUUGACCAACGUGGACCUGACAAGACAGAAUAACCAGCCAGAAUAAAAGCUGAACCUUUGCACAGUAUUUGAUUUGGAUGUUUUUCUUGUCCAAAUCUCUUUCUAUAUGUACAUCUUUUAGAGAAUCUGAAUGUGGGUUUGGGACUGAACUUGUUCCUUGGUCCUUACUGAGAAACAGCAGAGGUUGGUUGGUUGGAAAUGUAGUGAUUCUAUUAACUGACCUUCGGGGUAUAGAAACCCAUCAUCUUGGCAACAUCACUUACGCUGAAUAGGUACUUUUGCAACAUUCACAUUUUUUCACUGAAAUUACAGUAAUAAUAAGAGUUGUAUAAGAUUGCUAAAUGACAUACCAUUAAUUAAUCAAGACUGCUUACCUUAAACUUAAACCCUUAAUUGAAGGAAAAUGAAAGACAUUUGAAAGAACUGAUCGUUUUUACAUUGUGAGGUGUGUAAAAUUAGGACUAAAAUUAGUACAACAGAUUGCUGCUUUCUUUGGCUUUUCUUAGUAAAACAGUAGUUCUGUAUUCUUAAGUUCUGCUGAUUCUAAAAUGGGCUUAGGAUUAAUUUCAUUUUGCAGAGUGAUGGGCUGAUAAAGCUGCAAUGUUUUGCUUUUGUAUUUUAUGUGCUGGCUCUUUGUUGAUCCAAGAGCAUCUCAUAUUUACAUUUAUCCUCAGUAAAUGAAGGUAACUGGAGCCCGAUUUGAUCCCCCAAGUGUGGGACCUGAGCUGCACAACCACUGCAAUCCAAGCACGUUAACUGCUCCUAGAAAGGUCAUCAGAAAUAAGAAUUAAAGUCUAUUGUGCACAACAGACCUUUCCGAAUGGGAAAAUCUGUCCUCAUGGCUCAGCUGAGUCAGCUUAAAGGGAAAUUAUUAUAUUUAUAAUAAUGAAUUGGGUCAGAUGGCACAAACCAGGUAACUGUGCGGUGUCAUUAAUGCUUACACCUAAUUCUCCUUUAACAUUUUAUUAUGUUUAGCUCUUUUUAUGAAACGGGCUUAAAUGGGAGACUUCAUGGCAUGGAAUAUCUCUAAUUACAUUUGUUUAUUAUCCUGUUGAGGGUGCUCCAAAUCUUAACAUCUUGCUACUUUUGAAAGGCAGCUGAUAAAAUUAGAAUCUGGGCAAAACUGAGACAGCAUUAAUGCCAAUGAAACUGGAGGAGGACAGAAGAGAAAGAGAAUUUUGGGAAAAGCCAGGCACUAAGACAUAGCCCUGCCUUUUAGCGACUGCUGUCCUGACGAACGGUGCCCCGUAGAUCGCGCUUUACUUUAGGAAAGGGUUUUUGGAGAGACCACAGGCAACAAAGCCGAUUAAUCUCUGCAUCCUCACAGCGGUGCCAGGCAGGCGCGACGCUGCUCCUUCCAAUUAGCUUCCUCUGGCAGAAAUACCCCGUUUCCCUCUCAGCCAGGGUAAGAUACCAAUUAUAGGCUGGUAGAAAACUACUUUAUUGGAACUCCUUAAAAUUCGUGCGAUUUUUCUCUUUUUAGUGACAGACACUAUUCAAAGACUAUUCAAAAGACUGAGGAAUUAGACACGUUGCCCAAUUAGGCGUGAAAUGGGAGAGUAACCUGAUGGCCUACAUGAGCAUAUAGAUCUUGUGGAGGUCUCGGCUGGUGCAAAACCAUGUUGUAAAUAGUGCAGGUGGAAAUAGAAGCUCUAAACCUAUUUUAAGUGCAAUGCCGAGGAAACGGGCAAGGGCAAACUUGCUUUUUCCUCUACUUUUGGACUCCCAGGCAGUACAAGAAAAGCACCAAGGUCUUGAGCAGGUUGGGUAUCACUGAGGGCCUUGUAAUACCCAUCAGAAAGAUGGUGGAGGAACCAGAUUAUUCCUCUCUACAACAGCAUUUGAGAAUAGACUGCCAGUUAUUAUUGCAGCAAGUGAAACAAUUAUACGGAGCUAGCGAAAAAACAUUCUGAAAGGCCAGGAAUCAUGCAAAAAAUCAAAAAUAAAUCCAAACCCUUUCUUCUUUUUUUUCUGAAAAAUUGAUUCUAUAACAAGUGUCACAGGAAAAAAUUGCAAUUUCCAAGUACUAAUGGCAUGAAGUGAUGAUACUAAUUAAGAUUUUAGGUCUACGUUUAGUAGACAACUAUCCCUAAGCUGACAACUCAAGUCAUGGCCAGUGCAAAUUUGAUGACUACCAGAUCAAGUCCUUCAGAUUCUUGACAACUUCAGCUGCUAGUAGGUUGCAACCAUCUCUGAGGAGAUACUUUAUAAUGUUUCCUACUGAAGAAAGCAAAGUAAAACAGCUCAUUACCCAGUCUCCGCAGUAAAUCGGCCACGGCAUCAAUAGACAGCUCAAUGUCUACAACAGCCCUGAGUUACAUCUCUUCACUUAACCACAUAAUGGUGAUCACAUUGUUAAACAAGGACUCGUGCAUUAGGAAACGAUCAAUGGUUAGCAAUACACCCAGAUGUGUUCCUUAAAGUAAGUGUUAAUGAUAUGGUCAAAUAUAUAUUUUGUCCCUAGAUGGAUUCACUAGAGGACAGCAAUAUCUUUACACAAGUAACUUUGGUAAAUUUUGUAAAUUUAAAUUUAAAAAACUUUGUAAUUACCUAACGUGCAAGUACUUCAUUUUUUGUCCCAUAAUCUGUGUAAAUCCAUGUAAACGCAUAAUCCAUGUAAAAAGUCUACUAACUUUUGGAUAUUUAGAUAAAGAAAUAGUAUUAAAUAGAUCUUCAUGUGUCA